UGCCACCUGCUGGAUUAACAAAGAGAAAAUGUUACAAAACAACCCGGUCGUGACGUCAUUAAAAACAAAAUCGAUCGUGUCUGCGUCCAUGUGUUAGGCAAAUGAGCGCUUAGUAUCGAUCACCCUCUAAAAAAUCACCAUAAAGAACCUCAUUCAAGCGUCUUUUACAAAGGAUUAGGUGACGUAUGACUGCACGGGCUUUGUUUUAAGAUGGGAAUUUUGCUGUUCGUAAUUUUAUUUAAUGAUGGUGUUACGAAACUAUAGGAGGGGAAGUAGAACCCAAAUUGCUUGUUAAAAAUAGAAGUGCAUGUGUUUUUUUUAAACAUCGAAAAGCUUGCAGUGCUUUUGAAUUGUUAUUGUUGUCUAAGAAUGCUUUGAGAGGCUAAAUGCAUACAUUUCUUCUGCAUUCCUGCACUUUUUGUGAACAGCACAGGGAAAGCGAUGGCCAGAAAGAAAGUUCUCCUGGACAGCACGGUGCCCAAACGCCAAAAGGAAAGGCCAUCCACCUCUCGGAGCAAACGAGCAGAGCCUUCGGAAGAACCCCUCUCAAGAAAGCUGAAGAAGAAAAAGGAAGGCGUUCCGGGGAAAGCAGAAGCAAGAUCUGGCCUCCAGAAUAACAGAGAGAGUGUGGGGUUUCAGAAGGCGGCCAGGCAGAACAGUAUUGUCCAUUAUGUGUAUAAACACUCACUGGGUCAGAACAUCCAGUCACAGAUGCGCCAGUGCCUACAACAGCCAUUCCUGCGCUUUCUGAACUCCUACAGUCUCUUCCAUGCAGCCAGCCCAUUCGAUCGCAGGGUGACGUGCCUGGAGUGGCACCCAACGUGCCCCAGCACCCUGGCAGUAGGCUCCAAGGGGGGGGACAUAGUGUUGUUGGACUACGAAAUGUCAAAGAAUACCAAGUUCAUCCAAGGGAAAGGAGCAGGGGAUUUUGUCGGCGAGAUCAAGUUCAGUCCCACUGACCCAUCCAAAAUCUACACUGCAUCAGGGGACGGCUCACUGAGUCUGCAGGACUUUGGUGGUGGUCCGUCUCAAAUACUGUCAAGAGCUCCAGACUGUGGCCACGAUCACCAUAAUGUGUGUGUCUGGUUCUGCAGUGUUGAUGUGUCACCCAGCAGACAGGUGGUGGUGACUGGAGACAAUGUUGGCAGAGUCCUCCUACUAGGAAUGGAUGGUACAAAGGUUUGGAAUCAGAAGCUGCACAAGGCCAAGGUGACGCAUGUAGAGUUUAACCAGCGUUGUGACUGGCUGAUGGCAACAGCUUCUGUAGACCAUACAGUGAAGAUCUGGGACCUGAGGAGCAUCGGGGACAAGAACAGCUUCCUGCACGAGCUGCCUCACAAGAAGGCCGUCAACUCUGCCUACUUCAACCCCACAGAUGGGUCCAAACUGCUCACCACAGACCAGUACGAUGAAAUCCGAUUGUACUCCUGUGCGGAUUUCAGCAAGCCUCAGAAUGUGAUGAUCCACCCACACCGGCAGUUCCAGCACCUCACCCCUAUCAAGGCGACCUGGCACCCUCUGUACGACCUCAUUGUAGCGGGCCGCUACCCAGAUAGCCGCGUCUCUCCAGACGAGCUCAGGACCAUCGAUGUGUUUGAUGCCAGUACCGGAGAAGUGGUCUGUCAGCUGCAUGACCCCAAUGCCCCUGGUAUUAUUUCACUUAACAAGUUUAACCUGAUGGGAGAUACUCUGGGAUCUGGAAUGGGCUUUAACAUUCUGAUCUGGAGCCGGGAGGAGAUGCUGAGAAGCAGGCAGGAGAGGCUGAUAAGAGCCAGGGGGGACGAUCUCGGCAUGGGCUCCACUGCUAGCACCUCCCUGGGACUGCGUGGGGCUCGGCGGCACGCGGGCAGGGAGAGCAGGGAAAGCACAGAGAGGACUAAGCGGAAAAAGAAACUGGGCAGCUCAGAGUCGGGAAAGACACAGACCAAGACCAAAGGAAAAAACGCCAAACCCCAGAGAGACCGGACGAAGACAAAUGAUUAAAUUGUUUUUUAUUAGACUAGGGUUCUUGAUAUAAUGCCUUAUUUCAAGUAUCCCUCCUCAUGUGCUUUGUCAUACUAAAGCUCAUUUCAACGUCUUCUCAGGUCCUGAAAAGGACAUUUCAAUAGAAAGAAGGGCGGGUUGAAGCUCACUGAUUGGAAUGGUUCACCAGCUAUUUGAAAUUAAAACAUACAGUAGUGUUAGUGUAGUUGAAACUGAAGCUGCAUCAGGUGAGCAGCAGAUACAAAUACAUCGGCAAAUGGAUGCUGCUGUAUGGAUGUUGUGGUCCACAUUGUAAAUGCAAACCACAGCCAAAGAGGAGCAGAUUGAGCUGAACAGCCUGUCUGCCAGAAUGAGCCUAUAGUUCAGUAGGCUUUUCUAGUUUUAGUCAAUUUCUCCUCCUGUUUCUUGUGUGUUCAUACAUGUCAUAAAUGCCAGUUCUGGACUACCCCUGUUGUCUCCCAAUUCUGUUUUUAGAUGAACAGAUGCAGCAUUUCUCUAGCAGGUCUGGCUUUGUAUUUUGCAUAUCCAAGCAUGUGAUGAAUAUUUUUUUUAUGUCUGUUUUCUGUUUGAACUUAUUACAUAUGGCUGAAUGUCUGGGGACCAAUUUUAUUGUACUUGUGCUUGCCAAGAAUACUUUUACUAAAACAGUUUCUAGGUGUCUUUAAAGUGUUGAUGUUGUUCACUAAUGGAUUCCAUACAUUACUGUACCACAGUUUUACUGGAUUAGGUGGAACAAAAACACUGCAACUGACAUGCAAUUAACUUCUCUCAUUUUGUCAGAUUCCACUUCUUGCCUCUUCAUUUUCGUUCGUACUUUGUCUUAAGGAAGCAUUUAAACUUGUCUAAAAACCUUUCUUCAAAAAAAGGGCAUUCUCCUCA